UUCCUUCUAAAAGAAGGAAGGCCAAGUCUGCCUGAAGCCUAUUGGCCGGGCCUACUCUGGACCCGCCCCUCUUUUUUUUCGUGGCACACAUGCAAAGCGAAGUCUGUGCGGAAUCCUAAACCAGCCCAAUUUACAUCCAUUCAUGAAUCUGUGACGUCAGCAAGCCUUCGGGCUCCUUUGCGGUGGGCUGGAGGAUUGUGUGGGUGGAAUCCCCCUCCCCUUUAUUUUUCUAAUCCAGCAAGGCUUUUAAAAUUAACCUUACAUCUUUUCAAAGCAAGAAAAUGGAACAGCAUGUGUAGGAAUUCUUCGUUGUUGUUUUGGAGCCCUCUCUUAAGUCAGAAGUCUGCCCUAAUAAUCUUCUGAGUAUCAUCUCAGGACCUCAGUUACACUCAUGGCACAAUGGCCAACUUUCAGGAGCGCCUGAGCUGCUCCUCUUCUCCACACUUACCCUUCAGUGAAAGCAAAACCUUCAGUGGACUACAAGAUGAACUCACAGCCAUGGGGAACCAGCCUUCUCCCAAGCUCGAGGACCAGCCGGAAAAGGGGAUGGCACGAGCAGAGCUAGCCGAGAGCGUGAACAGCCCCAUCACCACAACAGUGUUGACAAGCGUAAGUGAGGAUUCCAGGGACCAGUUUGAGAACAGCGUUCUUCAGCUAAGGGAACACGAUGAAUCAGAGAUGGUGGUGUCUCAGGGGAACAGCAACACAGUGGACGGAGAGAGCACGAGCGGAACUGAAGACAUCAAGAUUCAGUUCAGCAGGUCAGGCAGUGGCAGUGGUGGGUUUCUUGAAGGACUCUUUGGAUGCUUAAGGCCUGUAUGGAACAUCAUUGGGAAGGCAUAUUCCACUGACUACAAAUUGCAGCAGCAAGAUACUUGGGAAGUGCCAUUUGAGGAGAUCUCAGAGCUACAGUGGCUGGGUAGUGGAGCCCAAGGAGCUGUCUUCUUGGGCAAGUUCCGAGCAGAAGAGGUGGCCAUCAAGAAAGUGAGAGAACAGAAUGAGACGGAUAUCAAGCAUUUGAGGAAGUUGAAGCACCCUAACAUCAUCGCAUUCAAGGGUGUGUGUACUCAGGCCCCAUGUUACUGUAUCAUCAUGGAAUACUGUGCCCAUGGACAACUCUAUGAGGUCUUGCGAGCUGGCAGGAAGAUCACGCCUCGAUUGCUGGUAGACUGGUCCACAGGAAUUGCAAGUGGAAUGAAUUAUUUGCACCUCCAUAAAAUUAUUCAUCGUGAUCUCAAAUCACCUAAUGUUUUAGUGACCCACACAGACGCAGUAAAAAUUUCAGAUUUUGGUACGUCUAAGGAACUCAGCGAUAAAAGUACCAAGAUGUCAUUUGCUGGCACAGUCGCGUGGAUGGCGCCAGAGGUGAUACGAAAUGAACCUGUCUCUGAAAAGGUGGAUAUAUGGUCUUUCGGAGUGGUGCUUUGGGAGCUGCUGACAGGAGAGAUCCCUUACAAAGAUGUAGAUUCUUCAGCCAUUAUCUGGGGCGUUGGAAGCAAUAGCCUCCACCUCCCAGUUCCUUCCACUUGCCCUGAUGGAUUCAAAAUCCUUAUGAAACAGACAUGGCAGAGUAAACCUCGAAACCGACCUUCUUUUCGCCAGACGCUCAUGCAUUUAGACAUUGCUUCUGCAGAUGUACUUGCCACCCCACAAGAAACUUACUUCAAGUCUCAGGCUGAAUGGAGAGAAGAAGUGAAAAAACACUUUGAGAAGAUCAAAAGUGAAGGAACUUGUAUACACCGGUUGGAUGAAGAACUGAUUCGAAGGCGCAGAGAAGAGCUCAGGCAUGCGCUGGAUAUUCGUGAACACUAUGAGCGAAAGCUUGAGCGGGCGAAUAAUUUGUACAUGGAAUUGAGUGCCAUCAUGCUGCAGCUAGAAAUGCGGGAGAAGGAGCUUGUUAAGCGUGAGCAAGCAGUGGAAAAGAAGUAUCCGGGGACCUACAAACGACACCCUGUUCGUCCAAUAAUCCACCCCAACGCCAUGGAGAAACUCAUGAAAAGGAAGGGAGUGCCUCACAAACCUGGGAUGCAGACCAAACGACCAGACUUGUUGAGAUCAGAAGGGAUCCCCACUACAGAAGUGGCUCCCACGGCAUCCCCUUUGUCCGGAAGUCCCAAAAUGUCCACCUCUAGCAGCAAGAGCCGAUAUCGAAGCAAACCACGCCACCGCCGAGGGAAUAGCAGAGGCAGCCAUAGUGACUUUGCCUCAAUCUUGAAAAACCAGCCAGCCCAGGAAAAUUCACCCCAUCCCUCUUACCUACACCACGCUCAAUCCCAGUACCCUUCUCUCCAUCACCAUAAUCCUCUGCAGCAGCAAUACCAGCAGCCCCCUCCUGCCACGUCCCAGAGUCACCAUCCCAGACUCAAUAUUCACGGACAGGACAUUGCAGCCUGCGCCAACAACCUGCGGUAUUUUGGCCCAGCAGCGGCCCUGCGGAGCCCACUCAGCAACCACGCCCAGAGACAGCUGCCUGGCUCGAGCCCUGACCUCAUCUCCACGGCCAUGGCUGCAGACUGCUGGAGAAGUUCUGAGCCUGACAGGGGCCAGGCUGGUCCCUGGGGCUGUUGCCAUGCUGACCCUUAUGACCCCUGCCUUCAGUGCAGACCAGAACAGUAUGGAUCCUUAGAUGUGCCCUCUGCUGAGCCAGCGGGGAGGAGCCCUGACCGUUCCAAGUCACCAGCACAUAAUCCUCUCUUGGAAAAUGCCCAGAGUUCUGAGAAAAUGGAAGAAAAAGGAUUCAGCAGCUGUAGGUCUGAGUCAUCCCUCGGCACCACUCAGCUCAUCACUCCUCCAGUGCUACCUCGAAAAACAAGGCCUCUGCAAAAGAGUGGAGAUGACUCCUCAGAAGAGGAAGAAGGGGAAGUGGAUAGUGAAGUUGAAUUUCCACGAAGACAGAGGCCCCAUCGCUGUAUCAGCAGCUGCCAGUCAUAUUCAACCUUUAGCUCUGAGAAUUUCUCUGUGUCUGAUGGAGAGGAGGGAAAUACCAGUGACCACUCCAACAGUCCUGAUGAGUUAGCUGAUAAACUUGAAGACCGCUUGGCAGAGAAGCUAGACGACCUGCUGUCCCAGACGCCGGAGAUUCCCAUUGACAUAUCCUCACACUCAGAUGGGCUCUCUGACAAGGAGUGUGCCGUGCGCCGUGUGAAGACUCAGAUGUCUCUGGGCAAGCUGUGUGUGGAGGAACGUGGCUAUGAGAAUCCUUUGCAGUUUGAAGAACUGGACUGUGACUCUUCAGAUGGGGAGUGUUCUGAUGCCACAGUUAGGACCAAUAAACCCUACAGCUCUGCUACCUGGUAACAAAGGAACACGCAUCCUGAAGAUCUCGUGACUAUACUGGCAUUUCAGAUCCACCCCACCCUCAGACUUGUCCCACUCUCUCCCAGCAUUUUGUCUGGGAAGAGAGACUGCCCCACCUUGACCACCCCUAGAAAUGAGCUGCAAUAACAGGAACAUGAGACUUGGCAAAUCUCUGGAAUAUAAUAUCCAAAUGAAAUUGAGUCUCACUGAACAUUUCAAUCAAGAAUGGCAGGGAUCUAUUUUAUUGAAUAUUCUAGCUACUGUAACAUUGAUAUUUAUUUUUGUUUGACAUUUUAACACUUUGUACUGUAAAGAGUGAACUAUAUAUGAGAUAGAGAGAGAUACAAUAAUUUCUUGCAGAAAAAAAGAGAUAAAAAGAAAAGAACA